AUCUGCGAUCACUUUGGCUUUCCAGCAUUCACAAACUUAACAAUGGAGCUCCCGUCGACGAGCCUACCUGCUGCAAUUUCGUCAUUUCUCCUCUGCACCAUCCUUCUCUCUUCCAUGCACGUUCCAUGGUCGUUGGGAUCUGCCUCUAACGUCUCCUAUGAAACCGAUCGUCUUGCUUUGAUCAAAUUCAAACAUCUGAUAACCGACGAUCCUCUCCAUUCAUUGAGGUCAUGGAACCAUACUCUCCACUUCUGCCAGUGGAAGGGGGUCACAUGCUGUCGCCAACUUCCUCAAAGAGUCACCGCUUUGAAACUCAGUGGCCAGAGCUUGGUGGGCCCCAUAUCUCCUUACAUUGCAAACCUCUCCUUCCUCAGGAUAAUCGAUCUUGCAAACAACAGCUUCCAUGGGAUGAUUCCUGAAGAGAUUGGCCGUUUGUCGCACUUGCAAUUUCUCAUUCUGACCAAUAACACAUUCUCUGGAGAAAUUCCAGCAAAUCUGACCCACUGUUCGGAACUCGAAGUCCUUGAUUUUUGCCGGAACCAGCUCACAGGGAGGAUUCCAACUGAGCUUGGCUCUCUAUUGAAGCUCACCUUUUUGUGCCUUUAUCACAACAGUCUUACAGGAAUCAUCCCGCCUUCACUUGGAAACCUUUCAUCUCUCACUGUCCUUGAUCUCUCAAAAAAUAGUCUGGAGGGAAGCAUCCCAGAUGACCUUGGUCGGUUGGUGAGGUUAAGUACUCUUAGCAUUGGUGAAAAUGAAUUGUCAGGUACGAUUCCACCCCAACUAUACAAUAUCUCCUCUAUUAACAUUUUGGGAGUGGUAGGGAACAAAUUGCAUGGAAAUCUUCCACCAAACUUAGGCCUCACUCUUCCUAAUCUCCGAGGGCUUUACUUCUCACUAAAUCAAUUCACAGGAUCCAUACCGGUUUCAUUAUCCAAUGCUUCAGGACUUGUACUUAUUGCGCUUGGUGAUAACAGAAUUAGCGGUUCCGUGCCUAUGAAUUUUGGAAGCCUCAAGGGUCUCAACAUUCUACAUCUAGGCGGCAAUCAGCUCGGACUUGGGAAUGCUUGUGACUUGAAUUUUCUCGAUUCUUUGACCAAUUGCAGUAGCUUACGAAAACUGAUAAUAGGCAAUAACCGUCUCAGUGGUGUGUUGCCCGACUCCAUGGCUAAUCUUUCGACUCAACUGACAACGCUGCAUAUUGCAAGUAACAGGAUAUUCGGAAACAUCCCAUCUGGGAUUCAGAAUCUUGUUGGACUAACAGAACUGAUGAUGGGUCAGAACUUUCUAACAGGUAAUAUUCCCAUUGGUGUUGGGAAGCUUAACAAGGUGGAGGUACUUUACUUGCAAAGAAAUGAAUUAUCAGGGCAAAUUCCAUCUUCUUUGGGCAACAUCUCCCGACUGUAUAAACUCGUUUUAUACGGAAAUAAUCUAAUAGGGAGCAUACCUUCAAGCCUCGGAAAUUGUACAUACAUGCAGUUCAUAUACCUCCAAAAUAAUAAUCUUAGUGGUAGCUUACCCAAACUGCUUUUCAGCUUUACCUCUUUAAUUCAACUCCAUGUUGAAAACAACUUUUUUACCGGUAAUCUGCCAGUGGAAACCGGCAACUUGCAAAGUCUCCAGACACUGAAUGUUGCUAAUAACAAUUUGUCGGGAGAAAUUCCAAGCUUGCUAGGCAAUUGUCUUAGCCUAGAGUAUCUCUGGUUGGAUGGGAACUUCUUUCAGGGAUCAAUUCCUUCAGCAUUUAGUACUCUAAGAGGCCUUCAAUCCCUGGAUCUUUCAUGUAACAUCUUGUCUGGAAAGAUUCCACAAUACCUGGAGAAACUUUCUGCAUUGCAGUAUCUAAAUUUGUCUUUCAACAAUUUCGAGGGUGAAUUACCAAAACAAGGGGUCUUUGGAAAUGCUAGUCAAAUUUCAGUACUCGGAAAUACUAAGCUUUGUGGGGGUAUUCAAGAAUUGCAAUUGCCAGCAUGCUCUCGCCAAGUUUCCAAGAAAGGGGGGAUAUCUCUCGCUUCAAAAGUGAAAAUCUCGAUAAUUAGUGUUGUCAUGUGUCUUAUUUCACUAUCAUGUUCCUUCACCACUCUUUAUUGGGUAAGAAAGUCAAGAAGGAAACCCCUUGAUGUUCCUUCUAUGGACGAUCCUUUCAUGAACGUGUCAUAUGCAGAGCUCUAUAAAGCGACAGAUGGCUUCUCUUCUGCAAAUUUGAUUGGCGGUGGAAGUUUCGGUUCUGUAUAUAAAGGAAACCUAGAUCGAGAUGGAAUUGUUAUUGCAGUGAAAGUCCUCAACCUUCAGCAGCAAGGAGCUACGAGGAGCUUCAUGGCCGAAUGUGAGGCCUUGAGAAAUGUUAGGCAUCGGAAUCUUAUUAAAAUCAUAACUUGUUGCUCAAGCAUGGAUUUUAAGGGCAAUGAAUUCAUGGCUUUAGUUUUUGAGUACAUGCCCAAUGGAAGUCUAAGCAAGUGGCUGCACGGAGAUGGGCAUGAUCAGUUGGGGAGGAAUUUAAACUUUAUUCAAAGGCUAAAUAUAGCUAUUGAUGUGGCUAAUGCACUGGAUUAUCUACAUCACCAUUGCCAAACACCGAUCAUUCAUCGUGAUUUAAAGCCGGAUAACAUUCUCCUUGAUGAUGACAUGAUUGCUCAUGUGGGUGAUUUCGGGUUAGCAAGGUUCCUAUCUGACGUUCCUCAAACCAGCUCGGUUGGCGUGAAGGGAUCUACUGGGUACAUCGCUCCAGAGUAUGCGAUGGGCGCUAAAGCAUCUAUACAAGGUGAUGUUUACAGCUAUGGAAUCCUUCUAUUGGAGAUGAUAACCGGAAAGGGGCCAACUGAUGACAUGUUUAAAGAUGAUCUAAGCCUUCAUAAUUUUGCUAAGUUGUCAUUGCCUGAACGAGUAAUGGACAUUGUCGAUCCAGUUCUCUUAGAAGACGCCAAAGUUACUCAAGGCAACGGAAAUCAUACUAACACAAGAAAAAGAAUGCAUGCUUGCUUAAUUUCAAUGGUCAGAAUUGGUGUGAUGUGUUCUGCAGAAUCUCUAAGAGAACGAAUGGAGAUGAAAGAUGUUGUCAAAGAAAUGCAUACAAUCAAGGAUUUAUAUCUCGGUGUCAAGAUUCAGCAAGAUGAACAAGUUAUGUCACAACUGUCAGGUGAAGAUCCAUCUUACCUCAGUUAUUACUGAGAUAUUAUUGGUAGUUAUAUUGAGAAGAUUUCAAAAUAAAAUGAGCUUGUUGAAAAUACUUUUCUUAACAAGCUUUUGAUAUGUUUAGUAUUGGCAUAGGAAUGUGCUUUUAAUAUUUAUGUUGAAUGAUGGAAAGAUGCAUUUCUUCUUCUUUUUUCUUUCUUUCUUUCUUUCUUUUAUUUCGUGUAAUUCAAAGGGAGAUCAUAUCAUGAAUGUAAUGAGACAUACACAUCGUCUUUUUACAUUAAGAAUACUAUUAGGAUACUGAGAUGUUUAAUAGCUGUGACAUUUUUUCAACUCUUUUCAAAAUGUCAUCACAAUCCAGUGGCAGUGCUUCUGCAAUUAGACUACCCACUGGAGAGUAAUCUGAGGAAGCAUUCAUUAGGUGAAUCCCAUUAAAAUAUUAUGUUGUUUUGCCAUGAAUGUGAAACAUUGCUAUACUUUUAAAUGUCCGUUGUUACACCACCAACAAGAUAGUUAGAAAUAUCCAAACAUAAUAAUGUCCUACAGCCCAACCUUAAUGUAUGCUUAGAUAAACUUUUUUAUUUUUAUUUUUAUUUUAUUUUUCAUAGAGUAUGCAAACAUCAACAUGUGCAAAUGCAAUUAUGUUCAUGGAAAGGUUUCCAUGCACUUACCCCACCAGAUCAUUCCUCAAUCUUAAUUUUGACUAACAUGUCUUUUCAGUUAAUUUCUUUGUCCAAUAGUAUAGGCAUGAAAGAUGUAACAUAUCUUCACUACACUUGAACAGAAUGAGGAAAGAAACUACGAUACUUGGGCUGAUAAAUGAAUCAUGCAUGCAUGGCACUUCUCCAAUGAUCCAAAUCACUGAUAUUGUGUCUUCCACGGUGUAUGGAACA